AUGGCAAACAUUCUUGAAAACCUCUCCGAAAGAAUAUCGGCUACGUUAAUGGCUAGCCGCGGAAUAACAGUCAUUGAACAGAAAGCUGAGCAUGGAGAGAAUGCCGAGAAUGGCAACUUUGUCACUGUCCUCGAUAAAUUCAUCAAUAUUUUGUUCAAUCAAGGAAAGAUACGUGAAGCCGAUGCAAUAACACGCGCUAAAGACAUUGCAUUGGAGUCCAAGAACCUUGGAGGUUUAGAUCUUGAUGUAUGGAAGCCGCUGGAUCCUUCAUCAUGCGACGCAAUUGUGUUCUGGGUGGAAGCAUGGCUCCAGUCGCUUUCAUCGGCUGAAAGAAGUCGAAAGCUGCCACACCCAGUCAUCGAGAGGCAGGCAACACGGCGAGGAAUGACUCUGACGGAAAAGAUUCUAGCGCAUCAUACAAUUGGGCCGAUUGCGCCAGCUGGGCUAAAGCCAGGUGAUUUUGUUCACGUGGCUGUUGAUUGGAUUGCAGCGUCUGAAAUAUCGUACUUCAGUAUGUCAAAAACAUUAUCAGAGUUAAAGUCAUUCAAAGUCUGGCGGAAUGAUCGGUUUUGGUUGGCUGGUGAUCAUGUCGUCGACCCCAGAACUUAUACAACGCCAUUGAAUCGUCAACUUAUCAAAGCUAUGCAUGAAGCCGCCCAAGAAUUUCGAUUGACGGAUUAUAAAGGGCCCAAUUACACCAUCAUGCACACCGAAUUCGUGCGUGAGCGGGCAGAACCUGGAAUGAUUACCAUUGGGGCCGAUUCUCAUACAUGUUCUUCUGGGGCUGUUGGUUGUCUGGCUAUUGGCCUUGGUGCCGCAGAUGUAGCCAUGGGACUAAUAACCGGCGAAACCUGGUUCAAAGUCCCAGAGUGCAUCAGCAUUCGAUUUAUCGGCCAGCCUAAUUUGGGAAUUGGAGGAAAAGACGUAAUUCUAUAUAUAUUAGGCGAACUGAAGCGGAACACAGUGGCAGCCGAAAGGAUUGUUGAAUUCUCUGGCCCUGGCUGUCGACAUCUUUCCGUGGACGCGCGAUUUGCCAUUGCGAAUAUGUGUACGGAAUUCGGAGCUGUCACUGGGAUCUUCGUCCCUGAUUCCCUAGUAAAAUCUUAUAUUGAGGGUCGCAAACAGAAGCAUAGGCGCUCUUCCUCAAUAUAUUUCCGGCCUGAUGCAGAUGCUCAAUACGCAGAAAUGUUUGAAAUAGAUCUUUCUAAAGUUAAACCGCUUUUCGCUCUCUAUCCUUCUCCCGAUAAUGUUGUGCCGGUCACCAGCCAGGUGGGUAUGCAUCUAGAUGGCUGUUUCAUCGGAGCGUGCACGACAACCGAGGAAGAUUUGAUUCUUGCGGCACUAGUUCUUGAUGUUGGGCUUUCUAAGAAUUUCACCCUCGCACCAGGUAGAAGAAACGUGACUCCAGGUUCAAUACCCAUCCGUUCUCGACUCGAAGCUUUGGGCUUAUUAGACAUUUAUCGAGCCGCGGGAUUCUCGAUCGGGGUACCUGGCUGUAGUUACUGUGUUGGAAUGGGCGCCGAUCAAGCAAAAGCCGGUGAAGUUUGGCUCUCUUCUCAGAACCGAAAUUUUCAACACCGAAUGGGCAAGGACUCAAUCGGCAAUCUUUCCUCAGCCGCCACGGUAGCUGCGUCGUCCUUCAGUAUGACUGUAACUGAUCCGUCCAGCUUUUUGGUUGAAAUAGAUGAAAACUAUUUUCAGGCACUUCUAAGGCGUCCUUGCAUGGCAAAGGAGUUGCGUAAGGAGGCUCAACUAGCCGAUGUGCCUUACGUUGAGCCAAAUUUUGAUAUCUUAUCAGGAAAAAAUGGAGAUGAGACUAUUAAGGCAAAUUAUAGCAAGUCUGCCACGGAGGAGCUACAAGAAGGUUCCAAAAGAGGAUGUAUUAGAAGCAAAGUCAUCACGCUUGGAGACUUUGUGGAUACAGACGCGAUUGCUCCAGCAGACUGUUUAGUAACCGCCGCAACGGACGAGGAAUUGGGAAGUCAUUGUAUGAAAUAUGUCAUGCCAGCAUUUCGAGACAAAGUACGCAACGGACAACGAGUUGUCGUGGCCGGCAAAGCCUUAGGGGUUGGAUCAUCGCGAGAAGCUGCGGUGCGAGCUCUCAAAGGCCUUGGUAUUGAAUGUAUUAUUGCCCGGUCAUUCGCCUUCAUUUUCAACCGAAACCUUCCAAACGUUGGCAUCCUACGUUUCACUCUUGAUGACGACUCAUUUUACGAGAUCGCGCAGGAUGGAGUUGAUAUUGAAAUUGAUCAGGACGAGCGAAAGGUCAGAGUUGGUGAUCUAGAGUUCUCAUUCCAGCUUUCUGAAAUGGAGCUGGCCCUUAUCGUGAAUGAAGGUAUGACUAAAGCGUAUCAAAGGUUCGGUGGCGAGAUCUUUCAGCAGCUUGCUGGCGAAAAACCAAUUGAUCUUAAUGUUAAUAACAUUGAACCGUGGGAGGAUUUGCAAUGGUGA